CUUUUCCCACCUCUGCUCACCAUGCUCAUCCCCUGUGCGUCGCAGAACAUGCUGGCGGGGGCGCUGUUUGGUCCAUGGCAGGGUCUGGUCCUGGCCUGUCUUCUGACCACCACUGGCUCUACCUUCUGUUACCUGCUCUCUGCUGCCUUCGGGAAGAGCUACGUCACACGCCUGUUCCCCGAAAAGGUGGACAUGCUGCAGAACAAGGUGGAGGAGAACCGUAGCAGUCUGUUCUUCUUCCUCCUGUUCCUGCGGUUCUUCCCCAUGACUCCUAACUGGUUCCUGAACGUCACGUCCCCCAUCCUCAACAUCCCUGUCUCCAUGUUCUUCUUCUCCGUACUCAUCGGUCUGAUCCCGUAUAACUUCAUCUGCGUGCGGACCGGCUCCAUCCUGUCAGAGAUCUCUUCCCUGGACGAUAUCUUCUCCUGGGGGACGCUGCUACAGCUGUUGGCCAUCGCCUGUGUGGCCCUGCUUCCCGGAGCCCUUAUCAAGCUCUACAGCCAGAACCACCUCCAACUGGACGGGCUGCAGCAGAAUGGACGACACAGACAGAACCAGGGACAAGCAGCUGACGACAGAAAGAGGAGAUGACCCUGCUGAAAUACAGCCAUGCUGGGUCUGAUUGACCUUGACUGACCCCGCUGGACUGGAUUGGCCACCACCACUACAGCUUUACACAGAGGAGUUUAUAGACUUGGUUUCAGGGGGAGAGAAACGUCUUAACUGCCACUAUGCCGAGGAUACUUAAAGGUCAUGAACAGUCGUGUUUUUCAUGAAAUCUGAUGAUAUUUGGAUGAAACCAGAUCAAAGUAUGAUGACCAAAGUAUGAAAAAAAUGAGUGUUUCUCCUACGUUGAUCAAGGUUGGUCAGAAAGAUACUGGUCCCCCAUGUCAAACACUUCAGGAUUAUUACGGGAAAAGGGGUGACAUCACCCUAACUCUCAUUUUAAUACACCAAUGGUAACAUGAUAUUCUCUUACCUCAUUUAAAUAAGUACCGCUUUGUAACCAACAUCGGAGAAGGUGUGUUUGUGGAGGGGUGUGGUUUAUACAGCUACUCUACUGGUGCCUGUAAGGUGUCAUCAAAUAUAAUUACAAGUUUACACUAUUCAUCUAUGGUAGAGAUA